CGAACCUCAAAUUAGGGACCUAACUUGUUCAUCAACAUCGUUUCUUCCUUAUAUCAUAUGAGUAUCGUCAUGGAAAAUAGAGAUACUGUCUCUAGACCGAUCACAAACUAUUUCAUGGAUAUUUACACUCUCCACCACUCAAAUCCAAUGUCAUUUCCUCGCAUACAUUCAAUUAGAUCUCCUUUCAAACACAUCACUUCGGAUUGGCUUUUGCAUCGUGAUGGCGCUUCCUAGUACCUCAGUCAUACCUGUCUCGAUGAAACGGCAUUCAAGGACACCAUUGAUGGAUAGCAAGUCAGACAAGUCCAACCGGCUACCGGCUUCGGAGUAUGGACCUCGGCCAGUCAAAAGAGCUAGAGCAAGCAAACCUAAGGUCAAGUCAGGUUGCAUUACAUGCAAGUAAGUAUAUACUGUCUAGCAUCUUCGUUCCGGUUACUUAUUUAUGGGAGUCUAACAUUGAUUUCCUAGGGCUCGUCGUGUAAAAUGUGAUGGUAAGUGUUUUGCGUUUCGUGGAUAUCAUGAAGCUUUUGCUAUUUCCCCUGAUGUAAUUUUACCAGAAUUGAGCUCAGACUUAGUUAUUCUUUCAAGACACUCGCAUUCUACAUGAUUGACGUUUAAUUAAUCUCAAUUAUUAAUAGAGACAAAACCGCAAUGUCUUCGAUGUCAAAAGUUCGGACGAACAUGCGAUGGGUACGCUCACGAGAGCCCAUCACGAGGAACCAUGAUGCCACUCCAACCUCGAAUUCCAGCAGUAGAUUUAUAUACCCCUAGUAUUUCUCCGGAAGCAACAGAGGAUGAAGGCCGGUACUUCCGAUAUUUCUGUGAUCGAACAGCAUAUCAACUACCCGGUUAUUUCGACCCCUCUUUUUGGAAACAUAUAAUUCUCCGAGAGAGUCACAAUGUCACUCCAAUUCGGCAUGCAGUAAUCGCUAUUGGAGCUCUCAAUAAAGCAAUUGAAGAGGCCCCUGGACCAAAUCUGAAAGUCAAUGUCAUUCAAGAUAUAAAUAAGAAGCAUCAUGAGUUUGCCGUCUUACAACAUCUCAAAGCCAUUCAGGCUUUGAACCAAUACAUAUCUAGCUCCAAUGGGCCUCAAUUGAGAACAGCCCUUAUUGCAUGUUUACUUUUUGUUUGCUUUGAGACCAUUCAGGGGAGUUACGCUUCGUCGGUGCAGCAAACAUAUGGAGGCUUGAAGCUACUGAGAAGUUAUUAUGCUGGAAGACCUGGAUCCAAACCAUGGAUUCCACGAAGGAUCUCAGCGGGUUUAAAUACCAAGCCACAAACUGAUAAGAUUAUAGCAAAGGUUCAUAGUCGGCCGGGUAUGGAUGGCUCCUCCAAAUCGGCAACUAUUUCAUCACAUAUCGAAGAGUAUCUGGAAUCUGAAAAUCCCCCACUUCAAUCUGCCCAUACUCCCACGAUUGAUAGGAUACCUACACCACCGCAAAGGGAUUAUAGCCCGCGGCUUGAUGAAAUGGCCAUACCAUCACAUUAUAAGUCAAAUUUAACAUUAGAACAACAGCGUUCUCUAUCAGGUACACCGACUCGAGAUUAUCCGAGUGCCUAUCAUACCCCUAGUGAGUAUGUGUCGCCAAAUGAACACCAAAAUUCCAAUAUUGUGAUGCCAAUUGCGCUUAAUGGAAGAGGUCCAUCAUCAAAUGGUUCAAACUCGAUGUUACGCACUCCAGAGUCAGCUCAUACUCCUCCUUCAAUGGGUAAUACACCACCCCCUACCACUUAUAGAUCUUCUCAAUCGCCACCUAUACUCAUUAAUCCUCGAAAACGACCUUUACAACCAAGAAAUCCAACUUCACCUAUUUUAAAUAAUGACUUCACGUUGGAAGAGAAUAUUAUACAGGCUUUUGUUCGUCUCGAUGGUCAAGGGUGUAAGUUCUUCUGGUUUCCAAAUUUUUUGCUCAAGUUUUAUUCUCCUGUCAUGUCUUCUGUCCUUUUGGACUUUUCACAUGCUAAUGAUCUACUACUUGGAAUAGUAUUCUUCGGUAUGACACCGGGCAUUCCGCCGUUAAUUUGGGAUAUCCAUGCUGCACAUCAUAUUCCCAUACCAAAAGUAUUCACAAGUUUUUCUGAAGCUCAACACUGUUGGGAUUUUUUAAUGGAUCGAACACUUCAAUACUAUCGAAGGACGUUAUUUGACAGGAAAUUCGCUACUGCGAAAAGUGAGACCCCGGGUGAAAUAGCACAGCAAUAUGCAGAAUAUGUCGCAGGACUAAAUGAGUUCAAACAGGCUUUUCAGCCCAUCUUGAGUUCUUCGAUAUCUCCAGAAGGAAAGGUACUUAAUCAGGCCGCUAUUGUUCUUAUGACACAUCUCAAAGCCACGGCCAUCACACUUUCGGCUGUCACAUCCACCUCAGAAAUGAUCUAUGACUCGUUCAUGAACGAUUUCCGAUACAUAGUUCAAGCAGCGGAGAAGCUCGUUAUAACAUUUGAGACAAAUCCUUCGGCAAUCAAUUCAUCACGAUUUAGUUUUGAUAUUGGUAUUGUUCCACCAUUGCAUGUAGUGGCCACCAAAUGUAGGGAACCAAACAUCAGAAGAAAGGCAUUAGAUCUACUCUUCAGAACUCCGAGGCAGGAGGGAAUGUGGGAUGGUGUAUUGAGUGCUAGGAUAGGCUUAUGGAUUUGUGGCUGUGAGGAAGAUGGAUUAGAUGUCCCCAGGAGACUCGAAGCCAAUGCACAAUCAGACUACAGCAACCAAAGAUUUCAACAAAGGGGAUCAGUAUCAUCGUACGACGAAAGGUUAUCACCAGGAUACUUUAAUUAUAGCGAAACGAGUUCGAAUGGGGAUGCAAUACAAGGAGACUUUUCACCCUACUUAUCACAAAGUCAAAGUCCAAUUCCUGGAACCUCUUCGCCAUAUACUCAAGCUCAUACACCUCCUAUUCGAGACCACUUUCCACUACUUCAACAAGAGAACCUAUGGGUAAUACCGGAAGAGAAACGAUUUCAACUGGUAGUUGUGGAUUUUCAUAUACCGAAUCGUUAUAUUAUGGUUAAAUGUAAAAGAUCGGUACCAAGCAAAGAUGGUACGAGAGAGGAAAGAGAAACCAUUAUUGCUUGGUGAAUUGUAUUGGUAAUACGCUACUUGAAGUAUCUCAUUGGCGUGAGGGUUCUAUCGCAUAGUCUUGGAGUUCUAGCGUCGGGAAUGAGCAUCAAUGGAUGGAGUUUUUGGAUAUGAAGAUUAUCCUAUGAAACUAGCCCUCAUAGAUUAGGGCGAGGUUAGUAGAUACACUUAAAGUAUUAUAGUCUAAUAAUCUAAAUCAUAAACUUAGAC